AGAGCGGAGGGCGUGUCGACGGUGGCGGCGUGCGUUUGCCUAUGUGACACAAUUACAACAACUUUGAGGCGCUGGUUGGGGAAGUUUGCGAUAUUACCAAGUAACACUCCCUCCUGAAACCCAACAUCACACCAACUUCAUGCAUAAAGUGCCACUGGAAUACACGCUGUGUGUGGAUGUACAAUGAAGAGUGUGGAAGGUAACUUGAGGGGAUCAUUUCCUUGAGGAUUUGGCAAGAAUUACGCUACGCCCCGUUUUAGUCCUGGAUAGCUGUGCAACCUUUUCCUUGUUUUUGCAUUCUGCACUCGGAGUUGCUCGGUCCCGUCGAUCCUCCCGGGUCUUUUCCAUGAAAUCGUGCGGAGUGUCGCUCUCAGCCGCUGCCUCUGCUGCUGCCCGGAGUCUCGGCGCUGCUGCUGGUAAUGACGAGGAGAAAAUGGCGUCGGGAGCAGCGACUGAAAUCGAAGAGGACUUUCCGAAGCUAACAGCGCAAGAAAAAGACAGCCUGGCUGAAAUUGACAGCUCACUGUUUGGAUUUCAUAGGCUUCAAGAAGAUGGCGCCAGAACGAAGGCCUUGCUGUUAAAGGCUGUUAGCUGCUACGACGCUCUCAUCCUGAAAGCAGAGGGCAAAGUGGACCCUGACAUUUUCUGCCAGCUGGGACACUUCAACCUCCUGCUGGAGGACUAUCCAAAAGCAUUAUCUGCAUACCAGAGGUACUUCAGUUUACAGUCAGACUACUGGAAGAAUGCUGCCUUUUUAUACGGCCUUGGGAUGGUUUACUUCCAUUACAACGCAUUUCAUUGGGCAAUCAAGGCAUUCCAGGAUGUGCUUUACAUCGACCCCGGCUUCUCAAGAGCUAAAGAGAUUCACCUGAGACUGGGACUCAUGUUCAAAGUCAACACAGACUACGAGUCGGGCUUAAAGCAUUUUCAGCUGGCUUUGAUCGACUCCAACCUCUGCACUUUGUCCAAAGCUGAAAUCCAGUUCCACAUCGCUCAUUUGUAUGAGAUCCAGAAGAAAUACAGAGCGGCGAAAGAAGCGUAUGAAAGUCUGCUGCAGACUGAAAAUCUUCCUGCACAGGUGAAGGCCACCACACUGCAACAACUGGGCUGGAUGCAUCACACGGUGGAGCAGCUCGGGGAUAAAGGCACCAAGGACAGCUAUGCCAUCCAGUGUCUGCAGAAGUCUCUAGAAGCGGACCCUAACUCCGGCCAGUCCUGGUACUUCCUCGGCAGGUGCUACUCCAGUAUUGGGAAGGUGCAGGAUGCCUUCAUCUCUUACCGCCAGUCCAUCGACAAGUCGGAGGCCAGCGCUGACACCUGGUGCUCCAUAGGGGUUCUCUACCAGCAGCAGAACCAGCCUAUGGACGCCCUGCAGGCCUACAUCUGUGCCGUUCAGCUGGACCACAGCCACGCCGCCGCCUGGAUGGACCUGGGAACCCUAUACGAGUCCUGCGGGCAGCCGCACGACGCCAUCAAGUGCUACGUCAACGCCACCCGCAGCAAGGCCUGCCUCAACACGGCCGCGCUCACACAACGCAUCAAACUGCUGCAGGCUCAGUUGUGUAACCUACAGCCAGGUAGUCUGCAGAAUAAGAGUAAAAUGCUUCCUAGUAUUGAGGAGGCGUGGAGCCUUCCCAUUCCUGCUGAGCUCACGUCCAGGCAGGGGGCCCUGAACACAGCACAGACACAGCAGGCCUGUAAGGGGGAGGGAGCUCAGACUGCCAGUAACCACACAGACACACAGGCCAGUCCUGCCAAGAAGAAACGCACUGCCAGCCCAGCUAAGGGUGCUGCAGACUCGUGGGUGAACAGCCCCAAUCAGCAGCAGAUCCCCAGCUGGUAUCUAACGCCACAGAAGCUUCAGCACCUGGAUCACCUGAAGAGCAACAGAGCCAGCCUCAAGCCCCCCCAGGUGCAGAUGUUGGAGCAGCUGGAGAACCAGUUCUCUCUCAUGCAGCAGCAUCAGCAGCAGAUGAGGCAGCAGGCAGCAGCAGGAGGUCAGCCGCGGCCCAGCCUUCCCAACGGUCCUUUGGCUGAGCCCUCUCUCAACCCUGCGAGCCUCACCCGCACCUCCCCCCUCAACCACACAGCCAUCCGGCCCCCGUGUGUCACCCAGCCCACAGCCAACGGAUCCUGUUCUUCGAGUCCCUCAGCGGGGCUGCCGGGACACCUGGACAAGAAUCACACCCUGGGACUGGGAGGUGGCGGCGCGAGCAACGGAAACGUGCCUUACCCGCAGCAGAACUCUCUACCUCACAACUGCACAGCCGCCAGUCACCCCAGCACCAGCAGCACUACCAGCAGUCCCAGUCACACAGACGAGACCUGGAGGAGCCAACAACGCAACACUAACACUCAGGGGCUUCAAAAAGGUCCAGGUUCACAUUCGGCAGGUCCCAAUGGAGAACCUCCUUUCUCUUCCUCCUCCUCCCCUCAGACCUCGUUCUCUUCCUCUGGCAUUCUGAAUCAGGUCGGACAUUCCUCUGGGCCCUGCACUGCCUCCUCCUCGGCCUCCUCUUUAUCCCCCACCUCCCCCCAGUCCACGCCCAACCACCUGUCCUCGCCCCCCCACUCCGCUACUACCUCAGGGGUCCACACCAAAGACACCACGCCUUCAGGGGGCAACAGCGGCAGCAACGGUGGAGUCGCUGCCGCUUUGCCAUCAGGUCCGGAGGCCGCUGUCAGGCAUUCAGCAGGGACGCCUUUAAGUCCCGGCUCCGCCCCCGCGCAGGGAUUGACUAAUCACGUCCAGCCGCGGGUGACGGACAGCUCUGCUAGCCUGUCUCAGCCCGGCUCUCCCGCCCCCGGCGUGCUCACUUCAGACAAUCCUCAGCUCUCAGCCUUGCUAAAGGGAAAAGCCAAUGCGACCAGUAACGACGACAACAAUAACCACAGUAACCACGGCGGGCCUUCCUCAGAGAAGGUCAACAACGUCCACCCGGGUCUCCACGCUGCAGCAGCCGCCGCCACCGCCGCCAAGCCGACGACAGAGCCGACAGCGACCGUCAGCACGCCGUCUCCGUGCUCCGCAGACCCUCACACCACUAACAGCCUCUCCUGCCUUAACAGCCCGUCCAGCACCAACAGUCAGGGGCCCACCGUCAACGGGAAGGGCCCCGAGGACUCCCAGAGCCCCAUGAAGGUGGAGCCUUCAGAAGGAGCGCCGAGACGCAGCGUCCCCGCUGGUCUGUCUCCCUGGUCCUCGGUGUCCAUCUACCCCAGCUCCAGUGAGGUGCUCAAAGCCUGCAGGAACCUGGGGAAGAAUGGCCUGUCGACCAGCAGCAUCCUCCUGGACAAGUGUCCCCCACCUCGCCCUCCUCGCCCCCCCUCUCCUCCGCUGCCAAAGGACAAACUCAACCCACCCACACCCAGUAUUUAUCUAGAAAACAAGAGGGACGCCUUCUACCCUCCUCUUCAUCAGUUCUGCACCAACCCCUCCAACCCGGUCACCGUCAUCAGAGGACUGGCCGGAGCUCUCAAACUGGAUCUGGGCCUGUUUUCCACUAAGACACUGGUGGAGGCCAACCCGGACCACCUGGUGGAGGUGCGGACUCAGCUGGCCCAGCCCACCGACGAGAACUGGGACCCGAGCGGCAGUCGGAAGAUGUGGCGCUGUGAGAGCAGCCGCUCGCACACCACCAUCAUCAAAUACGCUCAGUACCAGGCCUCGUCCUUCCAGGAGUCUCUGAGGUGUGAACGAGAGCUGCAUUACAGCGGGAAACCCCUCACACACAACCUGAGACCUCCGUCAGGAAGUUAG